AUGAAAUUAUUACAGAUUGUUUGCUGGAUUGUCCUCUUGACCGUGGCACAACAAGUGUACAGUUUCUACAAUCCAUUUGAUUACAAUUUGAAUCUUCAAAACUUUGAAUACUUCAAAUAUCCUCCUCCGCAUGGCAAAAGACUACCUCCACAGCGUGGUGAUGCGUCCGUGGCACAAAAAGCAAUAGCGGUUGUGACCUAUUUUCACAAUUUGAUUGCCGGACAUCCUGUGCAGGAAAUGCGAUACUAUAUCCCGUUCGAUCCUAAUCGUGCAAUGCAGCUGCGCGGUGCUUAUCAACGGCAGUUUGGAUAUCGUGGUGAAAAUUUGAUCGCCCUGAUCGGCAACGGGUACUCGCCACAGGCACUGCGUCAUUAUGGUGCGAUUGGGAAGGAUUUUGGGAAAUACUAA